AUGUAUUGUCUUUACACGGGAAGUUGUAAGGCCAGAAGGUUCAUAAUCCAUCGAAAGAUGAAGUUACGUGUGAUGGGUAUUAUCGCUUUUUUGGCUGCUGCGGCAUUCAUUUCUCAAGGUGAAGCAACUUUCGCUGAAGACCUGAAUAGUACAAUCUCGAAAGUUCACAACAUCAGAUUAUCCCUGACGUUGUAUAAGUCGCAGAUAGUAAUACAAGAGAGUACUAAAUUCCAAGUUGUUAUAGAGGCGUCGCGACGCCAGGGGAUUUUAACGAUUGGCACUGCACUUAAUAAUUGGGAAGAUGAAAAGUGCAAGAAGCUAUUAAUAUCCAAGGCCCCGGUAAUUUUGAAAAUGGUAGAUGGAAUUUUGUUGAAAUGUUUUGGUGAUAACCUGCCUCGUUGGAAUUCAUACGCAUCAGAAAUUGAUAAACUCAUAGCUAUUGGCGAAACAAUCGCGGCGCAGGGUAACAUAAUGACAAGUUUUUGCUCCAAGUCUUCUGAUGGCUUUGAGCCAUGCUUGGAGGAAAAUCUACCGUACAUGAUGAAUUUAGCUGAAUCCUACGAACGAGCGGAAGUAGAGCUGAGAACAAAGGUCCAGAUCGAUAGUGGUUCGGUAUUUAUGCAGACGGGCGCCUGCAUUCAGAGAUCAACGGACAAUAUUUUUAUUGAAAUUGAGGAGGCAAUUGACGACAAAGACGUAUUGCAAUGUUUAAACGUCAUGAAUUCAUCGAAAAUCAUAAAAACUGCUCUUGUUAUUUAG